UUGGACGUGAGCGGGUCUCCUGAAUGGCUUCUUGCUCAUAAAGAUGAUGCCUUGAAUAUUUUAGAAGUUGAACAGCUCUGCCGCUCUCUGUAUUUCCCCCCCACUGGUGGACUGUCAGUUUGGAAGACCACAAUGGCACUUUGGUCAUUUUGGGGGUUUUCUCUUUUGGCUUUGGUGUUGCUCUGCCCCUUUCACCCCAAGUUUGUGGCUCGCGCGGAAAUAAGUUUUUCCACAAAACUCGACAGAUUUUAUCGACUGGAUGUAACGCCACUGGACGCACGUGUGGCCAGAAAAUCGGCGGAAAUCAAAGUCUCACUGAAAAUCGACAAUAACACGAAAGUUUUUAGCGCGUAUGAAACAAACACAGCCGGGGCUUUGAAACGAAACCAUGGUCAGCAAGUGUGGAAUGAAACACAGAGUGGAAAUGAGGCACCGAUCGACAUCAAAACAAACUAUAGCAGCGGUCUCAACAUUCCCGAUAAAAAGUAUGAUAACAUUUUCGAGGACAAAGAAGGACGAUUCAAGGCGAAUAUAAUGUUAGAAAAUACAUUUUCUGCCGGAAGAAAGAAGGCAAAGAGGAGUGUGGGCGCAACAUACAACGAAAACGUGGAUAGGAGUAUAAGUGGAGAAGCGUAUUCAAGAGAGAGAUUCGUGCAAACUGUCCAAGGUGUUUCCAGCGCAAGACCCGAGUAUCGGGAAGCAAGAGUGUCAAACCCGAGACAGAACGAACCUCACCUGGACACUUCUACUUUUGCUCUGUCGGGAGACUCGGCACACAACCAGGCUAUGGUGCACUGGUCCGGGCACAACAGCAGCGUGAUCCUGAUCUUGACUAAACUCUAUGACUUCAAUCUGGGGGGUGUUACCGAGAGCUCACUCUGGAGAUCCACUGAUUAUGGGAGCACCUACACCAAACUCAACGACAAAGUGGGUUCAAGGACAGUUUUAAGUUACCUCUACGUCUGCCCUACCAACAAACAGAAGAUAAUGGUGCUUAGUGACCCAGAAGUAGAGAGCGCUGUUCUCAUCAGUUCAGAUGAAGGGGCGAGCUUUGAAAAGCAUCCCAUUAACUUCAACAUCCUGAGCCUGCUCUUCCAUCCCGCGCAGGAGAACUGGAUACUCGCCUAUAGUCAUGACAGCAAGCUGUACAGUUCGAUGGACUUUGGGAGAAAAUGGCAGCUUGUUCAUGACAACGUGAUGCCAGGCAGAUUCUACUGGGCGGUAAUGGGGCUAGACAGAGAAUCAGAUGUGGUCCACAUUGAGACGCGCAUCGGAAAAGGCCGUGCUCAGUAUGUGAAGUGCAGAGCCCAGCGAUGCACAGAAGGCAACAGACAGUACCUCUUCCCUGGACACGUAGACACCAACUCACUCGUCGUACAGGAUGAAUACGUUUUCACACAGGUAACCAAGUCAGGACGAGCCAGCUACUUUGUCUCCUACAUGAGAGAAUCAUUCAAGCGGAUGAAAUUACCUAAAUAUUGUCUGCCAAAGGACAUGCAUAUUAUCAGCACAGAUGAGAAGCAGGUAUUUGCUGCUGUCCAAGAGUGGAAUCAGAACAACACUUACAGCCUGUAUAUCUCAGACUCUCCCGGGGUCUACUUUAUCCUUUCAUUAGAGAACCUGAGAACCAGCAGAGGACUUGCGGGUAAUCUACUAGUGGACUUUUAUAAGGUUGAGGGGAUAAAUGGCAUGUAUCUUGCCAACAAACUGGUGGAUAAUUACAUAAAGACUUUCAUCACAUACAACAAGGGGCAAACAUGGUCCUUGCUGCCAGCUCCUGCCACUGAUGUGGCUGGAAAUAACCUUCACUGCAUUCUGCCAUUUUGCUCACUGCAUCUUCAACUGGAGAUGUCAGAGAAUCCUUACACAUCCGGACCAAUCACCAGCAAAAAGUCUGUUCCAGGAAUCAUUGUGGCUACAGGGAAUAUUGGAACACAGCUGUCCUCCGCCAACCUUGGGAUGUUUAUAACAUCUGACGCAGGAAAUAGCUGGAGACAGAUUUUUGAUGAAGAGUACAACGUUUGGUUUCUUGACAAUGGAGGAGCUUUGUUGGCGGUAUUGCAAGCAGCGGCGCCAAUUCGACACUUAUGGAUCAGUCUAGAUGAAGGAAAGAAAUGGGACCGCCACAGCUUCUCCUUGGCUCCUCUGUAUGUGGAUGGAGUUUUAAUGGAGCCAGAGUCUGACAAUCAUAUUAUCACUUUCUUUGGGCACUUCAGCCAUCGGUCAGAGUGGCAACUGAUUAAGAUUGACUACAAAGGCCUCUUUAGCAGGAGAUGCAUGGAUGGAGAUUAUCAGACAUGGUACCUGCACAACAAGGGAGAGCUCUGUGUGAUGGGUGAGAAGCAGAUCUAUAUGAAGCGCAGGCCAGGCAACCGUUGCAUGCUGGCCCAAGACUAUUCCAGGAUCUAUUCCUCAGAGCCAUGCCCCUGCACAGCUUAUGAUUUCGAAUGUGAUUAUGGAUGGGAGCGCCAGGCAGAUGGGAAUUGCUCCCCUGCUUUUUGGUUUAAUCCAAACGGUGCGGCUAAAAGCUGCAGCACCAGCCAAAGCUUCCUAAACAGCACAGGGUAUCGGAAGGUUUUGUCCAAUAAUUGUAAGGAGGCAGGGAGGAAUGUGUACUCGCCCAGGAGGCAGCCGUGUCAUCCCAGAGCACCCCGGGGCCUCCAGCUGUCUACCAGUCAGGGAGAGCUUAGUUCCCCUGUUGGAAGCAACGUUACUUUUAUGGUCUCCCUCAAUGAGGGAGACUCGCUGAGGACCAGCAUCCAGCUAGACUUUGGAGAUGGCAUCAAGAUCACGUACUCUAACCUGAGCAGGGCGGAUGAUGGCAUCAAGCACAUCUAUAGAACGACUGGGAUUUACCGCGUGACAGCUACUGCAGAAAACAGCCAAGGAUCUGACAGCAGCACACUGUUUUUACACAUCACCAGUCCACUAGAGCGGGUGUAUCUCUCCGCUCCCAUUGUAGCCGUCAGAGGGAAGGAGGCUAAUCUGACUGCAGUGGUUUGGCCGAGCCACACCAGAACAUUGACCUUCUUCUGGUGGUUUGACAACAGCUCUGAGCCCAUUAUAACCUUGGAGGGAAGCAUCUCACACACAUUUCAGAGCGAAGGAAAAAGCAAGGUCACGGUCCAGGUUGCUUCUGGGAGCACUGUAAUGCAGGAUUCAAAAGUUACAACUGUUAAAGAGUUCUUCAGGUCACUGCUGUUGUCGUUUUCGCCAGCGCUUGAUGAGCACAAUCCUGACAUCCCCGAAUGGAGGGAGGACAUAGGCCGUGUGGUGCGGACAGCUCUAUCACAGGUGUCUGGGAUUCAUGAAGAUCAGCUGCUGGUAUCUCUGUAUCCAGGGCUUCCAACUACAGCAGAGCUCUUUAUUCUGCCUGAUGAGCAGACAUCUACUGAGCACAAGAGUGGGAGCGAAGCGGCUCUUGAGAUGAUAUCAAAUAUUUUUGUCACUGCACUGAACCAAGGCCUGAUCCAGUUUGAACUGAAAGCUGACAUUCGCAUUAUUGUGUACAUGACUCAGCAAACUCUGGCACCACUUGUGGACUCAAACUCACUUCCCAGUGGGUCGGCCAUGCUGAUGCUGCUCAUCGUGGUGUUUGUUGGUUUAGCUGCAUUCUUCAUCUACAAGUUCAAAAGGAAAAUCCCUUGGGUCCACGUUCAGACUGAGGACAGCCAUGAGAAGGAUCCAGAAGUGAUAAGCACAGUCGGUCAGAAUGACACCAUGUCCAAGGUCAAGCUCAGUGAGUUUCCCUCCCAGAAAGAACUCAUGGAAAAAGAGCUGGAGGCGAGGAACAUAGGUGGAAUUGGCAGAAAUAUGGAGAGAAUUGUUACAAGGGAAUUUCCUAACUGUACUAAUGUCUAAGACAUGAGCUCUGUUACAGAGUAAGUACUGAUUGUUGUGUUUCAAUUGUGCUGAUAUAGUUUUAUUUACUGGUCUUUUUUUUCCUUCUUUGUUUUCAUGCCAAUAGCUGCUAUCGUUCCGAGACAUGUUUUUUUUUAUUCAUGUGGAUAGAAUAAGCAUCUAGUUUACAAUACCAGAUGAUAAAGAUGAAUCCACUGAGCCAGACUACAGGGCCUCUAGUUUGGGGACAGUUAAUGCUGAAAUGUGUUAAUAAGUGCAGCAACAAGCAAAAAGUAAGUGGCGUCAAGACUCCCUCGCUCUUUACCACAUGCCAUGGAUCCUACAUUGCUAAUAUGAACAUUAUUAAUAUUAUGAAUACUCAGAUGAUGUUGUGCUGCUUUAAAUAUUGUUUUACUCCUUUUGUAUAGUAUUUGGGAAAUACAUGGCCGGGCACUAGAAAACAAAUACCCCGGAAGCUUUGGUAGGUGCCCUUCUAGAGAAAACAGUGUUAGGAAUAUAUGGGUAUAAUGUUAAUAAGAAGGAGGAUAUUAUUAAUGGAGAGGUUAGUACUAGAGAGAGGAUGGAUAGGCUUUACUAUAGUUUGUAAACUCGACAUUGAUUUCUCAGUGGUUGUCGUAAGGAGACAGCCCUGUGGGAAUAUUAGAAUACUACUAAACAAGGCUGGAAAAUACUGAUUCCAUCUAAUAAAAAGGUUCUGCUGCAUUCAUAUUUAUCUCUAUCAUACUAAUUUGACUAAAAAUGAUCAACUCUGUCAAUUACAAUAUUUUACUUUAUUCAUACUUUUUGUUUACUUUUUCCUCUUUGUUACAUCCUGAAGAGCCGUGUCCACACAGGGAGCAAUUCAUGCAUCUGAAACCAACAGUUGGUUGCUAGCGAUCAUUCCAGGCUCUGGUUGCCUCGGUUAUGCUCUGUAUUGAUUACCAGGUUGUAAGUCAAUCACCAGCAUCUCUCUGGUAGUCACUUCAAUCGAUUGCCUCAAUUUUGAGAAAAGUUUAUCUUGGACUUGUCCACUUUGCUUUGUUAGCAGUUUUUUUGAUCUAUAGUCACUUGAGGUUGACUUUGUGGUCUCUGGUCACAGCACUGCUGAGAAUCACUUGUUGUGCGGACACAGCUUUAAUGGAUAGUCAACCCAUCCAACAAAGACUUGCAUGAUGGGGCAGAUUACAUUCUGCUCUUCCUUCAUAAUAGCUCAGUUGCACUAGUAUAAAACUAGCACUGCAACCCCAUUAUGACUAUGAAAAAUGGGUGGUGGCCUUGUGAUUGCAUCAGAUUUUUUUUGCAUUUGGCGACCAAUUGCAAAUAAGAAGCAGAAGUUGAGCAUGCAACACCUUCAACCUUUGUCUCUAAACAAUCAUGGCCUGACUCAGACUGAGUGCAGUCACCUUCAGACAGGUUAGCAAAGGUUUGCAUAAAACUGCAGUCUCAUUUAUAAACAUAGAUUGCAACACAAUGCAAUCAAUCUGAGUCAGUCUGCACCAAUGAGCACAACUCAUCUGCGGCGCAUCUCUUUGAAAUAGGAGACAUGACUCAACUGGUUGCCAACAAGUUGUAUUCUGGUUAUAUCUCUAUAUGAAAGCAAGGUUGCUGACCAUCUCUGUCAUUUUGCAGCAAUGAUGUCAUUAUUUGUGGAGGAAAUUCUGUUUCAGAUCUAUGAGGUUCUGGCUGAACUCUGUAAAUAGUUUGUGUGAAUUUCCGUUUGAUGUGAAUUUCUGUGUAUGUAGAGCCAGCUACAUUCAAACUGAAAGCAGACUGACCGUUUUAUUGCUGUCUUCAUCCACCAAAGGCAACUGACUGCGAGUGGUUGCAAACCUGGUCCCUGUCUUUGAAACAAUCAUUUCAGGUGACAAGAUCAUCAUUGUACACAGUCUCAGUAAUUUUGGCUCACGUCACUGUUUUCCUGAGUGUGACUAUAAUAUAAGACAAAAAUAUAAUAGAUUGUUUGAUUUUUUUUUAAAUCAUAUAAUUUAUUCUAUUAACCUCUUAAACUUUAUGCUCAAGCUAAACGUUACCAUCCUAAAACUAGAGGUCUUUGAGUUGUAGAUAUAAUGCUUAUGCAUACAUAUGUGACUGUUGGUAAAGAGUAUAAGACAGGGAUGUAUGUUUCUGCUCUGUUAGAUAACAUGGUGCUUUCAAUGACUGUUUCUCAGAAUAUGGUAUACAACAUCAUGAAAGUCUGGCCUUACAAGGGGAAAUAUCGACAACAUGUACAUAGAAUAAGAUGGAAUUUAAAUCUGUACACUAGCAUCGUCAUACAUUGUCGUUAAGGCAGCCCACUGAGCAGGCAGUUGUGUCUUUCCUUGAUUUUAAGUCUCACAGCAAGAUGUAUGUCCACUUUUUUAAUUUCAUUGGUUUUUUGUUUUUUUUUUUCGUUUGUUUUUUUGUUUUUUUUUUACAGUAGCAUGCCCUAAUUAUCUGUGAUAAGACUAUAAAAGACUUUUAUUGGGGUGAGCCAGUACUGUAUAUAUAAAUAUAUAUAUAUAAAUAUAUAUCAUUGUGAUUUUAAACUUUACUUGACACAUUAAACAAACUAUUAAACACCUUGUCUUAUAGUCUAGUUGUGCAUUUGCCCAGAGUUGUGCAUGAAACAUGAAACUUCUAUGAUAUUGUUCCUUUUUGUCGAUUAUAUAAAAUCGUCUUGUUUGGAAUCACAUUUCUUACUGUGAACAAAUUGCCAUUUUGAAAUUGUUCAAAAUAAAUGUAUUUUUAU